AUGUCAAAGCCAUCAGAAGUAGCUUUGGCUCCCAGGGAGAACGACCGUUCGUCCACCGAUACCCUCGACGGUAACAACCAGCCCUUCAACCCCCGCGCCAAUCACGCCAAAAUCCGCAAUGACCCCGCCCACAUGGCCAAGGCCAUCUACGCCGAGAAGCCCAAAGACAAUGCGCAGAUCGCGCAAGUGGAGAAUGCGAGACCAAAGAUGAAGAGGGGCGAUACGGGGGAUGGGAGGCAUAUCUUGCAGGAGGAGGAAGUGCCCGAGGCUCUCGGUUUUACGUGGAGUUCGAGAAAGAAGUGGUCUGUCCUGACUGUCAUCUUUAUCGUACAAUGUUCGAUGAACUAUAACGCCGCCAUCUACGCCAAUGGUGUCCCGUUCUUGACGGAAAAGUUUGAUAUCACGGAGCAAAAGGCGCGAAUUGGUCAGAUGCUCUUCUUGGUCUGCUACGCUUUUGGUUGUGAAGCAUGGGCUCCUUGGUCCGAAGAACUCGGCCGACGCCCCGUCCUGCAAGCAUCCCUUUUCUUGGUAAACAUCUGGUCUAUCCUGGCUGCUCUUGCGCCCAACUUCGGUUCUGUGCUCGUUGCCAGAGGACUUGGAGGUCUCUCUUCGGCCGGUGGUUCCGUCACUUUGGGAAUGGUUGCCGAUCUCUACGAUGCUAAUGACCAACAAUGGGCCGUCGCCUAUAUCGUCUUGUCCUCUGUCGGUGGUAGUAUCAUCGGUCCCCUCGUCGGGCCUUUCAUCGCCGAGCACCUCAGCUGGGGCUGGAUUUGCUGGACCCAACUCAUCUUCGGCGGUUUCGUCCAAAUCCUCCACUUCUUCUUCGUCCCCGAAUCCCGAGUCACCAUCCUCCUCGACCGCGAAGCUCAACGCCGCCGCAAAGCGGGCGAUUCCAAGGUCUACGGUCCUUCCGAGAUCAAGACGUUCAAGGAGAAGUUUUCUCCUCGCGAAAUGGUCAAGACGUUUUGCAGGCCUUUCGAGAUGUUUGUCCGGGAACCGAUUGUGCUUUGUUUGAGUUUGUUGUCUGGGUUUAGUGAUGCGUUGAUCUUCACUUUCAUGGAGGCUUUCACGCCUGUUUAUGAGCAGUGGGGGAUUACGGGAGAGAAGAUGGCUUUGGCUUUUGUCCCUAUCGCCAUCGGUUACUUGUUGGCAUACCUCAUCUACAUCCCUCCUCUCAUGUCCCAACGACGUAUCCUCGCAAAAGACCCCAACGCAGCUCCCGAAUUCCGACUCAAGCCUCUUCUCUACCUGGCUCCGCUCGAAUCUAUCGGUCUGUUUGGUUUCGCCUGGACCUCACUGGGCCCGCCCCACGUCCAUUGGAUCGCGCCCAUGAUCUUUUCUACGAUGGUCGGUAUUGCCAACUACGCCAUCUACAUGUCAACUAUCGACUACAUGGUAGCAGCCUACGGCCCCUACGCAGCCUCCGCCACCGGUGGCAACGGUCUCGCCCGAGAUUUCCUCGCCGGUAUCGCCGCCCUCUACAGUACCCCCUUCUACACCAACGUCGGCGGCGAAUCCUACCGCUACCACCUCGAAUGGCCCUCCACCAUCCUCGCCAUCAUCGCGGCGAUCGUGACGGUCCCGAUCUUUGUGUUUUAUUACUAUGGUGCUUGGUUUAGGGAGAGGAGCAAGUUUGCAAUGUCGUUGGCUGGGGAGAGGAUUGAGAGGCAGCAGUCGAGGUUGGAGGAGCAGAAGCUGUCGCAGGAUUCGGGGGUGUAUGCGUGA